AUGGAGGAGCAGGAAUCUAAAAGUAUGGAAAUGAAGAGAGAGAUAGUUAAUAUUCUCAUAGAUGAGAAAUUGUUUCUACAGGAUCUUCUGCGAAUCCUGGAAAGACCCUACCCAACACCACACAACGAACAACAGACGAAGGAAGAAUAUAAAAAUGUGGACAGAAUUGAAAAAGAAUUGGAAUGUAGUCGAGAGGAACCAUAUGAAGAUGAAAAUAAUGGAAACGUGCAAGAUGAAGAUAUGAAAACAGACGAUGAAACCAGAGCAGCUGGAUGGGAAGAGAGUGACGCUCACAAAUCAAACAUACAGUUAAUGAAAGGUCGUAAAGAAGUACUGCAGGAACAAAUUAAAGGAGAAAUAAAACUUUGCAAACAAACAGAGCAAGAAUUAGAGAAUCAAGUCAAACUACAUAAAACACUGCGUGAAAAAUUAAGAAACGAAAAGAUGCAGCAAGAAAAUAGAGAACGAAAACUAUUGAACGGAAUCAAAGAACGAGAAUAUCUCCAAAAGAAGCUGAAGUGUGAAGAAAAAGCUUGUGAGUAUUUUAAGGCAAAAAUAAGGAAAGAAACAAACCAUCGGCAAAGACUGCAAGAAGAUAUGAAUAAGACGAUAUCCCGUACAAAAACUGCGCAGCAGAAAUUAAUUGACGAAAUCAAACUUACAGAAUAUUUGCAAACAAUGUUGAAUCGCAGAGCAAAACCACUUGAAGAGGAAGCCAUACCAGAGAGACAGGAAACGAAGGACAGCCAGAGAAACGCUAAGACAGAGGAAUGGAUUCUUCAAAGAACGUAA